AUGGACAGCCCCGCCGUCACCUUCACUCUGGCUUACCUGGUGUUCGCCGUCUGCUUCGUGUUCACCCCCAACGAGUUCCGCUCGGCCGGGCUCACCGUGCAGAACCUGCUGGCCGGCUGGCUGGGCAGCGAGGACGCGGCCUUCGUCCACUACCACCUGCGGAGGAGCACCGGCACCAUGCUGGCCCACGGCCUGCUGCCGCUCGGUUAUUACGUUGGCAUGUGUUUUGCAGCACCAGAGAAACAGCUUUUCUAUUUUUACCAGGCCUCAGAAGGCUGGAAAAUAUUCUUCUUGCUGGCUAUUCUUGCUCCAACAGUCACCGGCCUCCUGGCAUAUUACUGGUCACAGAACAGCUGGGAUAACCAUCCUUUAGCUCGGACACUUGCCUUGCAUGCUCUUCCACAGUCUGGUUGGCGGGCAGUGGCUUCUUCCAUCAAUACAGAAUUCAGGAGGAUUGACAAGUUUGCUACUGGAGCACCAGGAGCAAGAGUGAUUGUUACAGACACUUGGGUGAUGAAAGUGACCACCUACAGUUUACAUGUUGCCCAACAGCAGGACAUUCAUCUGACAGUGACAGAUUCCAGACAACACGAACUAUCACCUGAUUCAAACAUGCCCGUGCAGUUCCUCACCAUCCGUGUUGCCAGUAUUAAUCCCUAUGUGAAAGCUUUUGAUAUCCGGUUGAACUCCACAGAGUAUGGGGAACUACGAGAGAAACUUCAUGCUCCAAUCCGUAAUGCAGCUAACGUUGUGAUCCAUCAGAGCCUCAGUGACUUGUUUCUGGAAACCUUUACAUCGCUGGUGGAAAUUAAUCAGACAUACCCUGUUCCCAGCAAUCAGGAGCUCGAGCCAUGUAUAGGGUGUAUGCAGAUUAAUGCAAACAUCAAGCUUGUUAAAAAUUGCCAAGAGCCAAACGAAGGAGAAUGCCAGCAAUGCUACUGUCGUCCUAUGUGGUGCCUGACUUGCAUGGGGAAAUGGUUUGCCAGCCGGCAGGAUCAGCAGCACCCAGAGACCUGGCUAUCAAGCCAAGUGCCUUGUCCAACCUGCCGAGCCAAGUUUUGCAUUUUGGAUGUUUGCAUAAUACAAUGAAUAAUAUCUUGGUACAAUUUACCUUUUGAAAUCUGAAUGUAUUCACAGCAGGGUUGGAUGCAAGCCCCAUUAGAUUUGUUUCUUGCUCUUCUGCUUCUGAAAAGGUAAAAGCUCUGGAGUUUUCUUCUUCAAAGCCCUCAAAAUGGCAACCCAACAUUUUCUUUUCAUUUUUUCCCACUCCACAAAUGUGUUCUCAGUUUUUAUUCACUAACAUAACAGUUAAAAUUUUAGAUUGUUGAGUUUUGUGGGUUUUUUUGCUUUUCAUUUCCAAACUCUUGGAUGCACUUUAAACCAAUAAUAGUGCCCCGUUUGCUUCCCUUAUAUCAGAGGUGAAAUCCUGGUAAACUAGCUAUAUUUUAAGUGCUAUUCUAGUUACAGGAUUAAGCAUUGGUGUUUAAUGAUUCUUUAGCUAAGGGGCUAAUUUUCCUUUAUAAUAAGAUGUACUAAGCAAGUUGCUAUUGCUAAGGAUAGUCGGCUCAAAUCGCAACCUACCUUUCUUCAUCUUGAAUCCGUUUGUAAAGUCUAUGUUAAGCUUUGUGGGCUUUCCUCAAAACAGAUGUCUCAGUGUUGUGUUUUUCCUUUCCACCAAAACAGGCCCACCGAUCAACUACUAUAGACAUCUAGGAAAUUACGCUCCCAAAGUUCUGUAACUUCUGCAGGGAGCUUAGCGCAAAGAAGAAUAUAAAAUAUAAAAUAAUUUGUUUCCAGAUAUAUUUAGUAUACAAGGAAGCUCAUUCAAAAAGGGUCGUUUAUUCAGUUCAUUAACCUGAAGUGCUGUUGGUGCUGUUUAGAGCAUCUUAUAGCUAAAGCUAUUUUUUCCCUGUUUGGAGUCUCAACACUCUCUAGCUAAUGCUAAUGUUAAGCAUGAUUUAUCCAUAUUUGGAAGGAGAGCAGUGAUCAUCUCAGUUUUCUGAGUAAUCCAAAAGAAUGUUCGGCUGUGUCAAAAUCUGUAGCUUUUCCCUAGGCAACUGCUUUUCCAAAUGAAUGGGAUGUCAGGACUGGAUAAGAACAUGUAGCCAUGCUGGCUAUUUCAUGUAUGACCAUUAUUAGUGAAAUGGGUUUUGGUUUUGGUUUGGUUUUUUGCUUUAUUUUGAAGCCUGAUAAUAAACAUUUAUCACUGCUUUAACAUGAAUAGGAGAAUUUUGCAUACCUCUUAGCAUGUGUCUCCACCAGGCUCAUUUGUCAGCAGGUUUUGCGCUGUUGGUUGAAGCUGUAGUAUAGACAGAGUGUGGAUUAGACAACACAGUGGUAAAAAUGCCUGUGCUUUCCUAUACUACAGCUUCCACAAUGGAGCUGCACCAAUGCAGAAAGCCUAAAGAUUUUCCUGGUGCAGACAAGACCUUAGUACUAGCGCCUGUGUGGCCUUUCCGUAAAAGCUCCCAGUGAUGCAGCUCCACAAGGGGUAGAUAGUAGCAGUGGGAGUAUAGACAAGGUGCUAGUGAUUGCCAGCAUUUGAAUCACUGUAGGUCAUUUAGGACCGCUUUGAGCAGAAGUAGAUGGCAUAGUGUAAAACAUGAUAGCGGCCACUCUACACUAGAGCUCUCACCAUUGGUAACAAUUAUGCUUUGAAGAAUUAGAUUUUUAUUGGUAAAUGUCAGUAAACGUUGAUUUCACCAUACAUGCACAAACUGAUGACAAAAUAUUUCCAGCAAUACUAACUGAAAUGUAUAGAUAGGCAAAGUGAGAAAAAUGCUGCUUGAGAACUUAUUAGAGUCCCACCUCAAUGUGUAUAUAGCAUGUUGUAAUGCUGGCUUUAGUGGAGCUGGAGCAAGGAUGCCAUUUAGGUAUCUUUAACUUUUUGAAUCUCAACAUCUACUGUCAUUAAAUAAUUAUUGUCUGGACCACCACCAUCCUCUUCUUCCCCCCCCCCCCCUUUCCUGCAAAGGUGAAAAUUUAAAUAAAUAAAAAUCUAAAAAAUGCUUAAAAAUAAACCUCUGUAU